AUGGCUGAACCACAGUUUCAUCUCUUCGGACGACUGCCCCGGGAACUGCAGCUGAUGAUAUGGGAAGAAGCCCGACCCAGUCAUCGACACCUCUUUUACCUUGACAGAGCCUACGACCACCGACUAGUGAACGUAGGCUGCCGAAUCUACACGUGCCUGGAGACGAAGACGGACACCGUGGUACAGCGGACGGCUGGGCACAAAGCUCCUGCCCUUGCAGACCGUAUUGACGUCGCAGACUGGUUCGAUAGCGACAAGGUCAGACUGACCGGCCGCAUUAUGGCUGUCAACGACUCGGAGGACGACAGAACCAGGUACAACCUUCACAAAGUAUACUCCGGUGAUUUGACUGAUAUCGAAGAUAUCGAAGAUUGGCAUGUGCUCAAGCCCGAGCCUUAUCCUACUUCAGUAUACAUGAACUUCGAGCGAGAUGUUUUUGCCUUCAAAUCUAACGACCUGUGUCUCUUGGAUUUUCUCAAGACAAACUACAAAAGAAACCAACAGGCGCCUCUUCCGGACGGACACUGGUUCUUCAAAGUGCAGAAAUUGGCAUUCCCACUCGUCAUGAACUGGGACAGUCUUCCUUUCUAUUUGCAGCCCCCACAAACGAUGUUCGACGUUGAAACUCUGGGUCGCGCACGUGAGCUGAAGAUCGUAUAUCUCGUUGUUGCGCGCUCAUGGGAUUGUCCUCGAGACAGAAACGGAGAGUUGAAGCUUACUUGGAAUGCGGAUGCCUUCGCCCCUUACCAGGACUGGGUGCAGGCCCAUUCACUUAAACCGCACCAAGGCGAGGAGAGAUGUAACUGCAACCUCGUUGUAUCACCGCAUAAGAAUAUUCGGAAGCGCUUGGAAGAGCUCUUCAAGGACCACCAGAGAAAACCUCAGAUCCAGCUAGUGGUGGAGCGUCGUGUUCACUGGUAA